AUGUGUGCAAGGAUCGCCGAGAUCUUCGAGCGUAAGCUCAAGAACCUUUCAAAUGAUGAUCAGUGGGACGUUUGCGGUCGCGGCGGCUUCUUAAAUCGCGUGUAUGGCUUUGUCGACAGCGCUCUUCCUAUCCUCCUUGCUCUGCCUGCAUUCCCUUACAAGUCACCAAACCCGAACAAGGCCGUAGGUAUCAUGCCCGACCUCGCAGAGAACAUCGCGUUGGAUGUACUUUACGACUUUAUCAAGGAGGUCAACGCCUUCUACCCUCCCGGUGCGACCAUGUGGGUCAUUAACGACGGCCACGUCUUUUCAGACUGCAUAGGUGUUGACGACGAGAUGAUCGAUACACACGACGCUUGUAUAGUCGAGAUCUACAAGGAACGUGUCCCCGGUCAGAUCGCCCCGGUUCAAGCGAUGGACUUCAAGGGGUUAAAGAACAUCUUCAACGCCGACUCUGAGGGAUUCCAGACCUUGAAGAGGGUAACAGGCAACGCGCACAAGGUGCCGCACCCGGUCAAGACAAAGAUGACAGGCGGUGCCGAGCUAUGCAGGAGGCUUAUGUUGGGAAUCGGCGGUGCCGACCGUGCCUACAUCCGCUCGCUCAUCGAGCAGCAGGAACCUGAGACUCUGAGCUUGUACCGCGGCCAAACACGCUUCAUGCUAGAUGAUCUUGCCGAUGUUCCUUCGGUGAAGUCGCUCGGCGGUAAGCAGAAGAAGAAGACUGCUGCUCUUGUCGCCGAAGAGAUGAUCUCUCGCAACCAAGGAUACUCCAACCUGGCCAAGCUUUUGCUGCCCAACUAUGUUCGUUUGUCAAUCCACGCGCACAACAACAAGGGCCCCAAAUAUGCCAUUCGUCUUCUCCCCAAGCAUUUGGUCCGCCCGAUCGACGAUCUCGAGAGCCGGUUGGAGCCUGUUGCUGCGUACGAGUUCCAGAUUCCUACUCCUUGGCACAACUGCAUGAUCAAGGUAGAGGGUGAUGAAUUCAUUUACCUUGCUCGUUCGGCUGUCGCGAAGAAGGCCUUGACCAACAGCGGCUACACAGGAUCAUAG